AUGACUGGCUUCGUCGACACAUACAAAGUCAAUUUAUCUGAUCCUUACUAUGGAUUCCAGUCAUGGAAUGAUUUCUUUACCAGGAAAUUGAAAAAUGACCAAGUUCGUCCCGUCGCUGAGCCUAAUAAUUCAUUUGUGAUCUGUUCUCCAUGUGAUGCCACUCCAUAUGUGAUCGGGAGAAACCCAAAGUUACGAAAUCAAUUUUGGAUAAAGUCACAGCCGUACAGCUUGCAACAUCUACUUGAUGAUGAAUUGUUGGCCAAGAAAUACGUGGGAGGCACUGUCUACCAAGCUUAUCUCCUUCCUAACAACUACCAUCGCUGGCAUGCACCGGUUGAUGGUACAAUAACGAAGGCAUACAUUAAGGAAGGCGCGUACUAUGCGCAAGCUCUGUCGGUGGGUUAUGAUCCAACAGGUACACAUUCAGUAGGUUAUUUCAGUCACGUGGAUACCCGAGCCAUAAUCCACAUUGAUACAGGGAACCCAAAUAUUGGUACCGUGAUCUUCGUCGCAGUUGGAAUAGCUGAAGUCUCAAGCUGUCAUAUUGAGGUAUAUUAUGGGGAUAAAGUGAAGAAAGGUCAUCUUCUAGGCACCUUCCGAUUUGGUGGAUCCGCGUACUGCCUCCUGUUUGAAAAGGGUGUAGAUAUUACAUUUGACGCUGAGCUACCAGAUGGGAAAUUGAAAACUGGUCUGCAAUUUGUCAACAGUGCUAUCGGUACAGUCGUAAUUACACCACACGGGCACUAAUUACUUGUGAAACGGUAGAAAUUAACCACCAUUAUCUUUUUGUUAACUUUGGUGAAAUAUAGUUGAACAGAAAUUUUGGUAUGUGAUCAUUUGAUAGUGAAUUCUCGGUGAAAAACUGUCAAACAAAACCGGUUUAGACAUUAUGGUGUAUUAGAAACUGUAGUUGUGGGAUUUAUUUUUUAGCCUUACGCACUGAGAAAAUACUGAAAUAUUAACGAACAGUAAUUACUAUUCUGAUGGGAAUAUACUGUAUCACCAUAUAGCGGUUAAUAUUUUUUAUUCGAUUAUAAACCUCGUUGUUUUGUGUUCUUUUGCCCGCGUCUAGGACUCACCAAUAAUCAUAAUUUGUCCCUUAUAUCAUCGUAUAACUUGCCUCUUUUUAUCAUAUUAAAUUAGGGUAGCAAAGGCGUCAAUCCUGGGGGGAAUGGGGGGGAGGACGAAUAUCUAGUUAUCCCCCCCCCCCACUUUUUAACAUGUUUAAUGAAGUUUUGUUGCUUGGUAAUCUAAAAACCUAAUGCCUGGUAUGCUAUUCAUCCAGAAUUGUGGUUGGAACGAAGUCUGUAACCGCUGGAAGAAAAUACUGACAUGGCAUAUGUUACGUAAAUGCUAAAAAACAUUAAAAUUUGUGUUAUAAUUUAUUAAUUUUAUAAACAUUUACAUAAUGGCGCUAUUGGUCACUUUCACUUCCUAUUCUAUCUGGCAAGCUGGAUUGAAUGACACCAUAAUUCAUUUCGCUAAUCAACAUAAUCGUAAGUUACUAAUUUAAAGACUAAAUUAAGAUUUAAGAUUAGAUAAGUCUAUAUUACCAUGUUCAAAAGUUCAAAUAUAGUAAAAUAUUAACCCUAAGCAUUCCAUUUUUGUAGUUUUUCGCCUGACGCCAAUUAAAAGUUGUAGAUUUUGCCGUGAUUGCAAUUUAACCAAAUGAUGUAGAGAUAGACUUACAAUCAUAAUUAUCAUUCCCAAAUGGCAAAUACUGACAAUUUAUACAACGAACAUGCCUCGAAAAAAUACCCCGAAACCUUCUAAACGUGCCAAACUAUCAGGAAUCGGACAUUUUUUAAGGAUCCACAGCAAGUUGAGCAAACCAGUACCCUAAAAAGUCACGCAUCGUCUGAUUCUGGUAACAAUCUACCUUCAACGCCAUCGACGCCAAUUGUAAAUCAGCGGCUAAGUGACGCAAUUCAUGUUGACAAUCCUCCAACUUCUUUGGCAGAGUUCGCAGAAAAUGACGAAGUGGAAAUCCAAGGGAUGUCUUGUGCGGCUAUAUCUCGACCCUCGCUGCCCAAUGAACAACUACCUUCCUCCGUAGUAUCCGGCUCUAACAAUUUGCUCACAAGUAACAGAUGCUCACCUGCAACAGUUUCGGCUUCGAGUCCAUUGACUGCAAAGUCGAACAAUUUCCUGAAAUUGAACCAGCCUAAUCAUCCAGAAGUGUCUGUUAUCCCUGCUCAGAAAUUAUCAACGCGAAAACUUUAUUUUCAAUCAAAGUGA